ACGUUACCAAGUGGGGGAAGCAGAUGAUGGAUGUCUUGUGAACAAUAGUUUUUCGCUUUUGUGAACUUCUCUGUUCAUCAUUGCUGUCGUUAGCCAGCUGUUGUUAACUAUCUAUUUUAGCAACGUCCCAUAUUCAGUCGAAAAGGGAUGCUGAUUCGAGAUACCACUUAGCACGUUGACGUUAAAUAUUCAGUCUAGGCUAGACAAGAUUAGUUCAGAUUUAUCUUUUGGUAGUUUAUCGUAUACCUAAAGAAGAAAAUAUAUGCACGCCUGAUCUGCUAACCAAGAAAUAAAAAUGUGGUUUUACCAUGCAAACCAUUGUCUCGGGCGCAGUGGAAACGAGCCAGCUAGCUUUCUAGUACCCCGUUUUACGAAUAACAUUAACGUUUCAGCCAGCUACUAGCAUCGACCAGGUUUUAUCCAAAAUUCUGUUGGUCGCCAUGGACCUCCGUACGAUUAUCCAGGAUACGCUUUGUGAGUUCAUCCAGUCGUACAUUCCCAAUGCAGACCUGAGCACGCUGGACGAGGUGAUCCUGUCUUACAUCACUGGCGUGCUGGAGGACCUGGGAUCUCAGGACAGCGUGGAGGAGAACUUCGACGUGGAGGUGUUUGUGGAAAUGCUGGAAGCCCACAUCCCCGGGUUUGCUGAAAUUGACAGUGUCAAAGUAUGUGAGAUGAUGUUUAGUCUGGCCUCAAAGCUAGCCAUUGCCCGAAACACAGAAAAAAGUCAGCCAAAGACUGCAACAGAGUCAUUACUGAAGCAUGGCGCUACCUCAGGCAGCGGGGCUGCUACGUGGGACCAAAAUCCUUCCACGCAGCUGCGGGGUGCCACAGCAAAGGAGGGUGUUAGUGAGGGGGAGGGCCAGGUGCAGCACCUCCUGGAGAUGUUCCCAAAGUGCAGCAUGACAGAAGCACAGAGCGCCCUGUCCAUCGCCAAGGGCGAUAUGGAAGAGGCCGUCCGGCUUAUCAUUGAGGGAGACGUGCAGCUCAGCCACAUCCCGCCCCUCAAAGUCAACCAUGGAAAGGCCGUGUCUACACAAGCAGACGAGAAGUUGAAGGCGAGCAUUCUGGAGAAAUACAUGUUAGUGGACAAUGAGGAAGACAAGAAAAUUCACAGGCCUGUGACACCAAAAGAGGCCCCCAAGAAGCUGGUGCGCUACCAUGGCAGCCAGGUGGUGACGACCAAAGGAGAACGAUACCACCAAGUCAAGAAGGAGGAGACAGAGGACAUGAAGAAGACCUACAUCAGCUUGAAGCCUGCCCGCAAGUACCGCUUCCAUUGACAGUGAGGUUCACAGCUGCUGUGGCCGUGGAAACAUUUUGUUUUGUCUUAAGGUUUUAUACAUUUUUUUUCCUAGCACAGGGAUAUAGAAUGGUGUCGGUUGAUUUUGCUUGUUUUUUGUUUGUUUGGCAAGAUUUUCAGUAAUGUGCCAUGGUUUUCAGUGGAUACGUUUGAUGCCAUUACUUCCAUCUCACAUCUCCACAUUAACUUCCACAUUAACUUCCAUCUCAACGUCCACUUAAAUAUUGCUAAACUAUGUGAAUUAGCUACGGUUGCAGGUACCAUCAGAUGGCAGGUAGCAAUCACACCUUAUUGUAGCAUCACACUAAUAAUUGCACCAACUAGCAUUAUCUAAGAAACCCAGUUUUGAUGUAGUUCAGUCAGAAUUGAUAUUAAUGGGGUGACAAAGGGAAAUAACUUAACACAAGGGAAAUGCUGGCAGUACUGUAAGAGGCACUAACAUCUGAAAUAUCCACUAAAGGUCUUUCAUUAGAAGCAUGUGACAGCUGCAUUCAAGCUCAGAAAGUCCAAAACAUAUGGAAAGCAUUGGAACUGCUGUGAUGUCUGUUAAACCUACUGAUCAAGUAAAAAUGUCCAGACUUUUUAAAAGGAUUAUUACGUGCUUCUGUAUUACUCUGUCUCCCUGUAUAUUGAAACUUUUUCUCUCAUU